GAUCGCGGAAGGUGACGUGGACACGGAAGUGGUCGUCGUCGCGGCGGCACUGGUGGGAGCUGGGCGCGGGGAUCAGAGUGUGGACGGCGGGCGGCAGAGGUCUCGCACCUGUGGUGGCGGAGGACGCAGGUGUUGUCGGUUGGUUGCGAGUCCGCUGAGCCGACGAGCGGCUUCUCAGGCUUCCUGCCGGUCGGAGUCCCUGAGCCGGGCCCCGCUUAGGCGGCGUCACCAUGACCAAGGCCGGUAGCAAGGGCGGGAACCUCCGCGACAAGCUGGACGGCAACGAGCUGGACCUGAGCCUCAGCGACCUGAAUGAGGUCCCAGUCAAGGAGCUGGCUGCCCUCCCAAAGGCCACUGUACUGGAUUUGUCCUGCAAUAAACUGUCUACUCUACCGUCGGAUUUCUGUGGCCUUACACACCUGGUGAAGCUGGACCUGAGUAAGAAUAAAUUGCAGCAACUGCCGGCUGACUUUGGCCGUCUGGUCAACCUCCAGCACCUGGAUCUCCUCAACAACAGGCUGGUCACCCUGCCUGUCAGCUUUGCCCAGCUCAAGAGCCUGAAGUGGCUGGACCUGAAGGAUAACCCCUUGGAUCCUGUCCUGGCCAAAGUGGCAGGGGAUUGCUUGGAUGAAAAGCAAUGUAAGCAGUGUGCCAACAAGGUGUUACAGCACAUGAAGGCCAUGCAGGCGGACCAGGAGCGAGAGAGGCAGCGGCGGCUGGAAGUAGAACGAGAGGCUGAGAAGAAGCGAGAGGCCAAGCAGCGAGCGAAGGAGGCUCAGGAGCGGGAGCUGCGGAAGCGGGAGAAGGCGGAAGAGAAGGAGCGCCGCAGAAAGGAGUAUGAUGCCCUGAAAGCGUCUAAGCGGGAGCAGGAGAAGAAACCCAAGAAGGAAACAAAUCAGGCCCCAAAAUCUAAGUCCGGCUCUCGGCCCCGUAAGCCGCCACCCCGAAAACAUACCCGGUUUUGGGCUGUGCUGAAGCUGCUGCUGCUGCUGCUGCUGUGUGUGGCUAGCGGGCUGGUGGUUUGCCGGGUGACAGAGCUGCAGCAGCAGCCACUCUGCACCAGCGUGAACACCAUCUACGACAAUGCAGUCCAGGGUCUGCGCAGCCACGACAUCCUCCAGUGGGUCCUGCAGACCGAUUCUCAGCAGUGAGCUUGUCCUCAACACCUGCUGCCUCCCAGCCUUGGAGCUUGGAUUCCUAUGGAAUUGGGUUCUGCUGGACACAACCUCUUUUUAGCGUCAGGCCUACCUGCCAUCAUCAAAUGGCUGCUGAUUGGUACUUGAGACCUCCUCUUUGUAGGACUUCUUUGUUCCUUAGUCAGGGUUCCCUGGUGGAAUAAGAAGUAGGAGGUGGGGAAAGGAAAAAACCUGCAUGCCUAAAGGAAUAGGCUUGGGGGUGGGGAGAGGAAAAUACAUAGCCUUUUCUAGUUGUUAUACAAAGCUGUGUAAAGGGAAGGCUCAUUUCUACUAAAUGGUCAGCUGUCACUACAUUUAUACUUUUGUAUGUCACAAACCCUUUCAUUCCCCCCUGGGUAGCCGGGGCAGAUCAGGAGGCAGUGUGUUAUUGGGGACAAGGGGAACACCAUACUCAGCAAAUCCAGCCUAAAUUGGGGGGGAGGGGCAUACCUAUUUUCUUAAGGACCUUAGACAUUCAGACAUUUUAAUGAACAUACAAAAUCUCAGGCUCAGAAAGGGACUUCGAGACAAUCCAGUCCAAUAGAACACUUGCAGAUGUGGACAUUGAGGCCUCCCAUGACAUGCUUACGGUCUCCCAGCUAGUUUGAGGUAGAGCUGGACUCCCACUCCAGCAUCCUUUUCUUCCCAUCAUUUUGCCUUCCUUAUAAUGUCUUGAGAGAACAGCUCACAUGAGAAUUGAGUACCCCUCAGCCAGAGUAUAGAAUCUUUCAUGUAGACAGAUUCAUGACCCACAAAUAGAAAUCUCAGCCAUGAGGGUCUUGGUCAGCUCCUGUGGGGUCCCACCCCAAAUUAUGUGGUUUCCAUAAAACAGGAAUGGUCCAGGCUCUUAUCCUUAAUUUUAGAGCAUUAACUCCCCAACUAUCAAUAAACAAGGCAGACCCUUGCAAAGCCAGUCUGUGACAGCUCUGUUAGUAGUUGAGAUGACUAAAUACCUCAAAGGCAACCUGAAAACUUGAGCGUCAUAGACAGGUUUAGAAUUGUUUGAUUCUAAACCUAGAACUACACCUGUGCAGUGAAGGGUAACAAGUAGUAUCAUGACAUUUAAAAUGGUGCAGGAACUAGUGACUAGUGCAAAUAAGGGCAUAACUGCCUUUCCGUCUGCCAGAGUAAACGCUGACUUGCUCAGUGGGCUCCUUUGCCUCAUCUUUUCACAACAGCUGGAUGAAAGGAUCAGAAAUGGCCAUGUCAUGGUGCUUAUUCUCUGAAAUCUCCCAAUUGCAAGCUCCUUGCCUCUCCCCUAGGAGAAAAAGAACCUGUCAUGGUUCAGAGAAAAAAAAGGAUGGAGUCCAGCUUUUUAGCCAGAGUAGCCCAAUGAGAUAGGACUGCCACUCAUGACUGUCCUGAAUACUGGAAAAAAUGACUCCCCCCAAAGAUAUAUCUGCUGCACAGGCCCACACCUUAAUCACUACACAUUCUUUUUGUCUUCCUCCAAGCUCCAGAGCCAUUGGUACAAAUGCUUUAUUGAAACUAAACCUGUAGUACGUAAGAUAAGAGAAUACAGAAGUUGGCCUAGUGAUCAAACCCCAUUCCCUAGCUGGUUGAGGCAGCCUCAGUGGGUGAGAGGAAGGCUGGAGCACACCCAGCCUAGUAAAGCCAACCCGCUGAGGGCAGUUCACUCAUGAUCCCUAGAUUUGAUGCUGAGGUUCUUUUGGAUUUCAAUGAUUAAAUACAUGUCUGAGUGG